AUGGCUCCAGCCCUAAUCCCCACGACAACGCCAACUCUCGUGGGCAGCGAGUUGGCCAACAUCCACGAUGCCCUCGCCUCCAAGAACCUCAGCGGACAAGGGAAGUACACCCAUCUCUGCGAGCAAUGGCUAUCCCACUACAUGGGUAGUGGCAGUCGAGCCAUCCUGGUGUCAUCCUGCACCUCAGCCCUAGAAAUCGCCGCCAUUCUCGCCGACAUCCAGCCCGGCGACGAGGUCAUCCUCCCCAGCUAUACAUACGUAUCGACGGCCAACGCAUUUGCCCUGCGCGGUGCAGUUCCCGUCUUCGUCGACCUCGACAAUACCACCCUGACCCUCGACGCCGCUCUCAUCGACGCGGCCAUCACGUCCAAAACCCGCGCUAUCAUCCCCGUGCACUACGGCGGCAUCGCCUGCGACAUGGACGCCAUCAUGCGCAUCGCAUCGCAGCACAACCUCCUCGUCAUCGAAGAUGCCGCCAUGGCAUGCACAUCCACCGACCACGGCCGCAUGCUCGGCACAAUCGGUCAACUCGGCUGUCUCAGCUUCCAGGAGAAAAAGAACUUCACAGCCGCAGGCCAAGGCGGCGCGCUACUCAUCAACGACCCGCAGCUGGUUGCCCGCGCCGACAUCCUCUACGCCCAUGGCACCAACCGCUUGGCCUUCCAGCGCGGCGAAGUGCCCCGCUACGAGUGGCUCGACAUCGGCAUCAACGCGACGCUCUCUGAGCUCCAGGCAGCUUUUCUCUACGCGCAGCUGCAAGCCGCCGACCAGAUCGUCGCGCGCCGUCGCCACAUCUGGCACCGCUACGCCGACACGCUGGCUCCUCUAGAGGCCAGAGGACACUUGAUUCUGCCGCGUGUGCCGGCCAACACGACGCACAAUGCGAACGUGUUCUACAUCCGGGUGGUAGACCCCACGCGGAGAAGCCCGCUGGUGGAUUUCCUGGCGGGGAAAGGCGUCCAGGCGCACCCGCAGUUCAUGCCGCUGCAUCGGUCCCCGUACGGAAGGGAGCAUGGGCGGUUUGUAGGCCCGGACUGGGUGACUUCGCUGGCAGCGGCGCAGAUUUUACUGCUGCCGGUGCAUUUGGAGCUGUCGGAUGAGGAGCAGGGAGUGGUUAUCAGUGCGGUAUUUGCGUUUUGGGAAGGGAUGGUCUGA